AUAUGCAGCCGACGCUGAGAUGGUCGUUGACUGGAAGCCGGGUAUCAUUCGAGUCUGGAUGUAAAUUUGAAGGUCGGAGAAACUAAUAAAUAGGACCGCUUGACAAUGAAUGCCUUCCAGACACAUUUUGGCUUCACACUCACUCUAUCUGAUCAUGGGGUCCAUUCGGAACGUGUUCUAUGGGGGAGUGGUGUGCUCCUUAGUGUCUCUGAGUCUGCCGACAUGGGGUCAGCAAUACGGUGUGUCGACGUAUCAACCACCUUCCUACAGCCCUCCUGCCUAUAAUCCCCCUGCAUAUCCCUCAUACCAGCCGUCGUAUAAUCCUCCGUCUUACCAACCAUCUUAUCAACCCAGUUAUCAACCAUCCUACCAGCCGUCUUACUCACCACCACCAUACUAUGAGACUUAUGAGACUACUGUCGAUUACAAGGAAGCCAACCAGACCCGUCACUGCGGAAUUCUUCCCACAGUUCAUCGUCAAUACGGGUAUGAGAAAGAUCGUGUUGCAUUCGGAGAGUACCCUUGGCAGGUCGCCAUCCUGGAUUCCUACUACAACUACAAGUGCGCUGGAGGACUUCUCAGCCCUCGACACGUUAUCACAUCUGCCUACUGUGUCGACAAAUUAAACGAGGACCAAAUCAAGGUUCGCGUUGGAGAGUGGGAUUUGCAAUCGGACAAGAACUACCAGGAGGUUUAUAAGAACUAUGAACUCUCAGUGUGCAAGAAACAUCCCUUCUACUAUGUUCCUCAAUACGCUCCAUCCUACUAUCCUCAAUCUGAUAGCUCAAACUCCCAAGCGAGUUACCCAGUCGUGAUUUUGGAAUUGUCAGAGGAUGUUGAUUUCGAUCAGUACCCACACACGGAAGCUCUUUGCGUCCCAGAGUUCUACUACUUGUCCAAAUCUUACACCAACGAAUACAGUUACGGCUAUGGGUACGGAUCCCAGUAUGGACAGGGACAACAACAACAAUCCUCCAACACCAACAACCAGAAGAAGAAUGAGGAAGGGGCCGACAACGACUUGGAAUGUUGGGUUGUUGGAUACCAAGAGUCUCCAGUGGAAAAGAUUGAGUAUCAAACUGAGGUCUACAAGCCAGCUUCAUACUCAUAUGGAGAACAGUACCAGUCUUAUCAACAAUCUUACCCAUCAUACGCCCCAGCUUACGAGUACAGUCGAACCCCCAGGAAGGCCAAGGUCAGGAAGCUGUACACCCCAUAUCAGCAAAAUUAUGGCUAUGGCUACACACCGGAAGUGGACAGCUGGGAGGCGGAAUAUUAUUACGAUGCUUGUCAUGCUGAUAUCGGCUCGCCCAUCUUCUGCUUGGUCGAAGGCAAAUAUGAAGAGGAGUACUACUACCCUGCAUACCCUGCAAGUUAUCCAAGCUACCAACCCUCGUACCAACCAAGCUACCAGCCUUUAUACCAACCAAGUUACCAGCCUUCAUACCAACCAAGCUACCAGCCCUCUUAUCAACCAAGCUACCAGCCUUCAUAUCAACCAAGCUACCAGCCUUCUUAUCAACCAAGCUACUCUCCACCUGCUUAUCAACCCAGCUACAACCCACCAAGCUACGAGCCCAGUUAUCAACCAAGCUAUCAGCCAAGCUACAAUCCUCCCUCUUACCAAUCGAGGUACCGACGAGAAGCUGGACAAGGUGGAUACGGCUAUUCAGCACCAAGCUAUCAACCCAGUUAUCAACCAAGUUAUUCUCCGCCAUCUUACCAACCAUCCUAUCAGCCCAGCUAUGCUCCACCUUAUUACACUUAUCCAAUCAAGGCUGCUGAGCCAUUGAACCGUGAGUACCGACGAGCCGUUUUGUAUGGAGUCGUCCAGUACCCAACUCAGUGCUCUUACGGAUAUGGUGCGGAAGGCAAGAAGAUCACUGCCACCCCCGCUAAGGACUUGGUCGCCUGGAUUGACAACGUCCUCCACACACCUGCCUCAUGUGCCUAUUAUGCUCCUGCGAGCUAUGAGCCAACCUACUACCCAGAGCCCGUGUACGACAGUUAUCAACCCAGCUACGAACCAUCUUAUCAGCCGAGCUACUCUCCACCUGCUUACCAACCAAGCUACUCUCCACCAGCUUAUCAACCAAGCUAUUCCCCACCAGCUUAUCAACCAAGCUAUUCUCCACCAGCUUACCAGGCGCCAAGCUAUGAGCCAAGCUACAGCCCCCCGGCUUAUCAACCAAGCUACUCUCCACCUGCUUAUCAGCCAAGCUACUCUCCACCAGCUUAUCAACCAAGCUACUCUCCACCAGCUUACCAGCCGCCAAGCUAUGAGCCAAGCUACAGCCCCCCGGCUUAUCAACCAAGCUACUCUCCACCAGCUUACCAGCCGCCAAGCUAUGAGCCAAGCUACAGCCCCCCGGCUUAUCAACCAAGCUACUCUCCACCAGCUUAUCAACCAAGCUACUCCCCACCCGUGUACCAGGCGCCAAGCUACGAGCCAAGCUACUCACCACCAGCUUAUCAGCCCAGCUAUAGCCCAGCUCCAUCCUACCAGCCGAGCUACUCUCCACCAUCGUAUCCUCAGCCUAGCUACUGAUAUGGUGUUUAAUUUUCAAAAUUUUACUCGACCGUUAUGAUUUUGUUAUUUUGUUAACGUAAAAACUUUCGGAAAAAUUCUUGAAAAUAUAGCAAAUUCAAAAUUCUUUUCAACCCAAUCCUUGUCAGCAUUUUAUGAAUAAUAUCAAGUACCUUCCAUCCA